GUUGAGAACGCCUGCAUGACUUAGUGGUUUUUUUAUAUCCCAAGAUAAGUCGGACUCCAUAAUAGAAAUGUGUUAAAUAGGCCCCUCCCCUCUCCAACUUACGAGAUUCAAGUUUUGUGCUGGUUUCACUCAACUCUCAUCAACCCUCUCAAGAUACCUACUUCCUUUGAUAACUUCAAACCAGAAACACCCCCAUUCAAAGCACACCCCAUUCAUCCGGCGCCCCGCCAACAACAACAACAACAACAACAACAACAACAACAACAACAACAACAACAACAAUGACAAGACAUAUAUCACGCCUCAAAGCCAACCUUGAAAAAAAGAGCGACCGCCCAUCCCAUCCCGGACCCAGUCACCCAGACCAUUCAGAAGCACGCCACUCACUACCUACUCACUACCCACACCCAAAUCCCUCUACUGAAAACCGAGCCCGGCAUCGACUAUCGAGUCCAGUCCGAGAGCCAGCCAGUCAGCCCUUGCCCGUCAUGGCCACCACCCCAAACUUCGACCACUACCCACUCUCCGCCUCUCACUUACUCAACACCGCUUACUCCUCGCUUCCAGUCCAAGAACAGCGCAGCAAAGCCGCCAGCGUAGGCGACGAAAUCAACGGUUUCUUUCUGGCGAUUUUGGAGGAGGCGAAGAAUGCUACCUCUACCUGGGAAACCAAGAUCAACGCGAUGGACGCGAUGAGGGAGAUGAUGAAGAGUGUUUUGUUGGCGGAUAACGUGAUUGGACAAGAAAUCAGAAAGUCGAACUAUUGUGUGAGUAAAAAAAGGAGUGAUGGGUGCACGUGGGAUGCAAAGUUGGAUGCGGUGUUGGAUUGUUGGACGGAUGAGGAUGAGAACAAGUACUUUGCGGAGGAAGAGAGGAAUGGCGGGGUUAUGACGGGGAGGUUUAGGGAGUUGAACGGGUUGGCGAAGAGGGCUAAGGUUUUUAAGAGGAUGAAGGAUAUUUUGAUGUGUGUGGAUAGGGAUGUUUAUGUUGAUUUUUGAGUUUUGGGGAGGGGGAUGGAUGGAUGGGGAUGAUGAGGACGAGGACGAAUAAUAAGCUAAGACGAAGAGGAGGACGGAUGGAAAGAAGAACGAGGAGUGGAAAUGGGCUGGACGAGGUCGUGAUGAGGAGCGGGACCUUGGACG